AUGGUGGUGGACGACUACAACCACUACAACCACAACCACCAGUUCUUACCAAACUACAAGUCCACCAUACGUCAACACUCCUCCUCUCAGCCAACUGCCGCUGGCAGUUCUCUGUGCUUGUGGAGAUUGACAAUCGUCCUUCUAUGGGACUUCCAACCGGAUCACGUUCGUCUCAGUGACCCCACCAACACCGCCUGCAGCCUGGAGAGGUACUCCAACAGCACUCACAUCGUUGGUGUCAUCCCCCUCAACGCUUGUGGUACUCAGAUCGAGGAAGAUGAUGACAACCUCUACUUCAAGAAUGAAGUCACCACAGUGGAGGACGUCACUGGGUUGAUCACCAGGAAGCACCUGGUGGAGGCUCGCUUCUACUGCCAGUACCCCAAAAAGGGCAACGUGACCCUGGGCUUCACAGCACACAGAAAGAACGUCACGGUGUGGGAGAGAGGCUUCGGUACGUUCACCUACCAGUUUGAGUUCUACCCAGACAUCCAGUUCAGAACUAUGAUCGAUCCAAACUCGUACCCUCUGGAGUACGACAUCGGGAGCAGGAUUUACAUGCAGAUAGACGCCUCCUCCUCCAUCAACAACACCGUGAUGUUUGUGGACUCCUGCAGAGCUGCACCGUACGACAACCCCAACUACCAGCCAACCUACUCCAUCAUCGAGAACGGCUGCGCAGUGGACCCGACUGUUCAGAUCUAUCCCACCUACAAUGAGAAGCAGUUCAAGUUCAGCAUGGAGGCCUUCAAGUUCAUUGGCUUGCAUGACCAGGUGUACAUCAGCUGCUCAGUCAUGAUGUGUGAAGCAGGGAACCCCAACACCAGGUGCUCACAGGGAUGUGUGAACUCCACAUCGUUGGGCAGUCACAUGCACUACCAUCGUAAGAGAGAGGCUGUCAUCCAGAGCGGCGAGCACUUCGUUUCCCAGGGUCCCCUGCGUCUGAAGCGGGCAGCAGACUCCAGGAUCGGAGGCUCAGACAUCAGCCUGAACCUGAACCUGGUUUUCAUCGCUGGAUGUCUUCUUGCUGCGGUUGGCAUGGUCUGUGGUGUGGUCCUGUACAAAACCAAGACGUCAAGGGUCAAGUACCGCCUCUGCCCUCAUGUGAAAGCUAAAACUGCAGCGUGUACCAGCUCAAAAAUUUUACCUGCUUUUAUUAUUCUAAUGUCAGAUUUUGGGUUUGUGGUUUAUUUAUUUUCUCGUCUACAUUUAAGCUGAUUAAUGAUAUUUUAACAUCUUGAAGUGUGAAUCCAGCUGUUUUCAUUUAAGCUAAAAGAAGAAAUCAGUGUUUGUGCAUCUGGAAAACCAAAGAUUUCUUCCACUCUGAUUCUGCUGUUAAACACAACAAGGUGAUUGAAAACUAUCCUGAUUAAUAAAUCUAACUUCUUAUCCAAUUAAAAUUACUUCUAUUAGUAGAGCAAAAAAUGUGUAUAAUUACUUAUGAGCCUAUUUUGUGUGUGUGUUUAAUCAUUUUAGGUAUUUUCUGUACAAACUCUGUGUUCAGGUGGAUUUAAAAAUACUGUUGUCCUGUUUGUUUUUAUGUGUUUUCCAUAAAUUGACCACUUACAAA